UCAAUUUGACCACAGCAAACUGCACCAAUUAGAAACACAACAUCAAACCAUGCAGAUAAUGGAGGAUAGUGCUGUGCUCUACCAAAAAUACCUUUGCAGCAGCAUUUACUGGACAGAAGCAGUGAGAGGCAGCAUUUCUCCACCUGGCUAAGCUGUGAUCUCCCUAUCUCAUUUUGGUGGAGUCAUUUUGAGAAAAGCCAAACAAGCCAGAGCACAGAAAAUGAAGAUGGAAGAAGCCUUGGAUUACUUGUUUAUGCUGCUGCUGCAUCUUUCCUGCUCUUGCUGAGGAGGGAAUAUUGUGAAUGAGGCAGCAGAACAGCUGAGUGAGAUUAACAAGUGGUUGCCAUGCAGCAGAAGCAAGCUUGUGCAUGUUUCUGGGGGGAGAGAUAAAGAAAGAAAAUGAUAAUGAGUAGGAGGCAGCAAGAAAGGGAGCAUGAGGAGAGGAGCUGUAUCUCUGAGAAGAGUCACGUAUUAUAGCCGGAUCCAGCCUCUCCCUCCUCUAUUUCUCUCUUUAGCUUUUUGUUUAGAUGAGAGGUUAGCCUAGCACAUCCAGUAUGCCAGCAGUGGAUGGAUUAAUGGAUAUAUAUCUGAGGGUUCUAAGAUGGAGGAGUUGUUUGCAAGAAACAGCAGCAACAGGUCUAUAAGAAUGGAACAAUAAUGACGGUGAGGUAACAUGCAGGCUUCUAAACGCCUGACCCUAUCAGAAGAGAGAUGAGGCACCUAGAUGUUGGUUUACCAUGUUUAGUGUCCACUACAACCACUCCAUUGCUGCCAUGAGCGGAAACGACGUGAUGGCGCACUCUCUGACUCUGGAGCAGAAGACAGCGUUUGCCUUCGUAGGGAUGUUAAUGGUGUUCCUGGGGCUGCUGAUAAUAAGGUGUUUCAGGAUUCUGCUGGACCCCUACAGCAGUAUGCCCUCUUCCAACUGGUCUGAUGGCAUCGAGGGGCUCGAGAAAGGGACGUUUGAGUACGCCCUUACUUAACACAGGGACACACACAGACAGAAAUGUCUAUAGACACACAUGCACGUACACUUGGACACAAAUAUACUUGCACACAUACAAACACGCAUAAGACACAACCCUUCCUAACCUGUGCACCUGCCAUUGACACACCAGUAAGACAUCUUUCUGUGACAGACUCAACUUAGAGACUGAAGCUGUGUAUGUUUCAGUGUGUGCGCACUGCUGGUUCAAAGCCAGUGGAACAACUCUCUGCUGUGACUACAUGCCUUUUGUGUGUGAAAGGCAGAUGCUGUGCUAUAUUUUUUGCCCUUUCACCACUGGGUAUGCAUAUGCAUUUCAGCUCAUCAAUUUACAUGGAAAUGGCUGGAGUGCCCUUUAACCCAAACCUAUAAGUUGAAUAUCUGUAGAUGAUAAGAGGUGGAUGCUGAUGAGACAGGAUGUGGAAUUAGGGUGCAGUGGGAUUAAUCAGAUAUAAUUUGGAGAC